AUGGAUCCCGCUGCCUUGGAGGCCUGGAGAGUCCCGUUGACACAAUGGGGCCUCCUCCAGCUUAUACCGGGAUUAGCGGUAGCUCUGACGCCUUCCCAGUCCGUAGUCCGGUCUAUGGCCGCGGUGAUCGUAAUCGCGCUCGCGUACUCUCUCCAAAAGCGCAUCACCGAGUCCUCCUUGGAUACUCGAGCGGGAGGGCCAAUGGUGGCCAUGUCCUGGGUGAGCGUGUUGAACGCUAUUGACAUGCUUGUGCUGAGUCGCGUCUCGUAUGAGGCGCAGGUUGAGUGGGAGCGGAAAAGAUCUGGCGGUAAAGCUGUAAAAGAGGCGGAUUCUCAUUCUCCAAAGUCGACUCUACGUAGCCGACUCCUCUGGUCCCAGAAUAUCGGGUUCAAUUUUCGCCGCAUUAACACGCCAUGGCAAAUCGCGAGAAUCCCCGUGUUCGACAAGGCAAAUCCGGAAUAUGUCCCGUCGCGUUUGAAGUUUGUGCUGCAAGGUAUUCUGAAAGUAUGCGUUUCGUUCUCUCUGCUACACCUUUGCACGAUUGACCCGAGCGAUCCGCGUGUGCCUGGCAUUAUUGAGAAAUUAUCGGACAGCAAGACAGUUCUGGCCCCUUGGUCGCACGGGACGUCGGCACAGGGGAUUCUGACUCAGGCAAGAAUCACUCUCUCGUUCGGAAUCGUGUGCAGGUCUGCCAUCACGGGAAUGUAUACCCUUGCCGCUGUUUUGUUGGUAGCUUUAGGCAUUUAUGACCCUGCGGAAUGGCCCCCGGUGUUCAAUUCGCUGACGGAAGCAUGGUCUUUAAGACGACUAUGGGGAACGGCAUGGCACCAAACCCUUCGUACGCUCCUCGUCUCAAAUGCAGACUUCAUCUCUUUCUCUGUUCUCCGGAUCCCUUCUAAGUCACUGUGGGCCUGCUAUCCGCGGCUGCUGUUUGCUUUCACUGUGUCUGGAUUUGUCCACAUGGGAAUGGACCUAGCGUUCGGCGUACCGCGCGCCCAAACCGGUGCAGUAUGGUUCUUCUGCCUCCAAGCUGUUGGGGUUAUUUUUGAGUCUCUCAUCCAGAGCUUGUUUCGCGCUCAGAUUGAGAGGAUGAGUCCCGUCUUAAAGCGUGCUAUUGGGUACGCGUGGGUGGCAUUGUUUCUUCUUUGGGUGACGCCAGUUUGGUUGAAUCCGAUCAUGCUCCGUCUGUACGAGGACGGACAGCGACUCAUGUCUCCUUUUCUUGUAUUUGGAAGUCUGCCGUUCUAGCCUUGCAUUUUGCGCUACUCUCAUAAUUUAGAAUUGGCAUCUGCAGUGACUGG